AACCCUCGGUCGCCGACCUUUUGUGGUUGCGUCCUCUGCGCGACUUAUUGCUUUGUCGUUCAGGAAGAGAGAGAGAGAGAGAGAGGCGGUGGAAAUGGCGGAUGAGGAGCAACUCCGGCUGGAUUUGGAAGAGCUGCAGCACCUGGAGAGCGUUUCCAAGAGGCCUCGCGUCGCCUCCCUCCUCGCUUCCGAGAUCCGUAACAUCGAAGCCAAGUUGUCUGUGGCAACUGCGGCGGUAGCACAGGCUGGGGUUUCUGCUGAAAAGCCGUCGGUGGCAGUGACUGCCUCUAGGAGUUAUGUCACGCUUGGAUCAUUCAGCUGGGAUCAGGACAACGACAAGAUCAAGAUCUAUGUGUUCCUCGAAGGUGUGGAUGAGGAGAAGAUGGAGACCUUUUUCAAGCCAAUGUCCGUGGACAUCAAAUUUCAUGAUAUUCAGGGAAAGAAUUAUCGAUGUGCCAUAUCAAAGUUAAACAAGGAAAUAGUCCCUGAGAAAUGUAAAGUGGCAAUUAAGCCCACUAAAGUCAUUAUUACACUCUUCAAAGCUUCAAAAGGAAACUGGCUGGAUCUUUACUUCAAGGAAGACAAGCUGAAGCCAAGUCUCGACAAAGACAGAGACCCCAUGGCAGGGAUCAUGGAUCUGAUGAAGAAUAUGUACGAAGACGGCGAUGACGACAUGAAAAGAACAAUUGCAAAGGCGUGGACUGAUGCAAGAUCUGGUAAAACUGUUGAUCCAUUGAGUCGAAGUCUUUGAUCUUUCGAUCAUUUUCAGCUCCCAUUUGGGGGUGCCAAAAUUUCUGGUCGUCUUUGUUUCAUGCUCCGUUAGGCACGAUUUCGGGGUGUUGUGUGAUUUCCGUUAAUUUCUGGGACGAUUUGUGUUAUUUGGUCCUUCGAAUGCAUAUCCAUGUAGCAACGUUUGAUGCGAA